GUCACUCAUUAUUGUUGUAUACCUAACGAAGCAAACAGUGGUGGGAAUGUUUCUGCAUUUUCUUUUGGUAUUGCUUACUGUCCUUACUGUUGUGGUUUUGGUACAAGCUCAGGAUCCAUAUGCAGGAUUCAUUAGCUUAGAUUGUGGUCUACCUAAAGAUUCAAGGUAUUCUGAUAUAAGCACACACAUAAAUUACAUUUCUGAUGCCAAAUUCAUAGAUACGGGUGAAUCUAAGAAAUUAGCAGAGGAGAAUGAUAUUAAACAGCAACUACAAUAUGUGAGGAGCUUUCCAAUUGGAAUGAGAAACUGUUACAGAAUAAAUGUAGCAAGUGGUACUAAAUAUUUAAUCAGAGCAUCUUUCUAUUAUGGUAACUAUGAUAAUCUAAACAAGCCACCAGAAUUUGAUCUUCAUUUUGGACCUAAUGUUUGGGAUACAGUGAAGUUCGCCAGUCUAUCACACAUCACAGACAGUGAGAUCAUAUACACUCCAUCACUAGAUUACAUUCAACCAUGUCUUGUUAACACAGGCAAAGGGACUCCAUUCAUUUCUGCUAUUGAAUUGAGGCCUUUGAACAAUACAGCUUAUAUCACAUACUCACCUAAAUCAGUAUUAUCACUCUUCAAUAGAUAUUAUUUAGGUUCCACCGCAGACAAAGAAUACAGGUACAAAGAUGAUGUUUACGACCGAAUCUGGUUUCCCUUUAAAUUAUCCAGUGGUUGGGCAAAAUUAAGCAGCUCACUUAACAGCGAUGAUCUACAUCAGAAUGAAUAUAAACCACCAGCAAUUGUGAUGAGCACUGCUGUUACACCAGUAAAUGACAGUGCCCCAUUACAAUUUCAUUGGGAAGCAGAUAAUGUAAAUGACCAAUACUAUACAUAUUUGCACUUUAAUGAGGUUGAAGAACUGGCAGCAAAUGAAACUAGAGCAUUCAAUAUCACAGAGAAUGAUCACCUUCCGUAUGGACCUGUGAUACCUGAAUACCGGGUAGUGAAUACCAUAUAUGAUGAAAUACCUUACACUGGAACCAAAAUGUAUCAAAUUACCAUUUCAAAGACAGAGGAUUCAACCCUUCCACCAAUCCUCAAUGCCUUUGAAAUUUAUAAAGUAAAAAACUUCUCACAAUCAGAAACUGAUCGGGAUGAUGUUGAUACUAUCAUAAACAUCAAGAACACUUAUGGGGUGGCUAGAAAUUGGCAAGGAGAUCCAUGUGCCCCUGUGAAUUAUAUGUGGGAAGGCCUAAACUGCAGUCUUGAUGGCAAUAACAUCCCAAGAAUCACAUCUUUGAAUUUGUCUUCAAGUGGAUUGACAGGGGAGAUAUCAUCUUCUAUAUCAAAGCUCUCUAUGUUACAGUACUUGGAUUUAUCAAAUAAUAGCUUAAGCGGCCCCUUACCUGAUUUUCUGACACAACUGCGGUCACUAAAAACAUUAAACUUGGGGAAGAACAACCUCAACCUUACAGGUUCAGUUUCAAGUGGCCUACUUGAGAGAUCAAAACAAGAUGGACUGUUAUUGAUCCUGGAUCAAAAUCCAAAUAUUUGUGAACCUGGUUCAUGCAACCAAAAGAUAAGUGAUCGGAAGAAAAGUAAUAAAAUCGUUCCUUUAGUAGCAUCAGUUGCUGGGAUUUUUGUGCUCCUAGUCCUAGUAAGUGGAGCAGCUAUCAUCUGUGCCCUUAUUAAGAAAAGAAAACCACAAGAUGGGAACAGUCAAGUGCAGUCAGAUACUCCAAAUGAUUCACAAUUGGAAUCCAAGCAAAGACAAUAUACAUAUGAUGAUGUAGUCAAGAUCACCAACAACUUCAAUAGAGUUCUUGGUAAAGGUGGGUUUGGAACAGUUUAUCAUGGCCUAAUCGAUGACACUGAAGUAGCUGUCAAGAUGCUUUCUAAAUCAUCAGUACAUGGAUUUGAACAAUUUCUUGCAGAGGUCAAGCUUCUGAUGAGAGUUCAUCACAAAAAUCUGACUUCACUUAUUGGCUACUGCAAUGAAGGAAAAGACAUAGGGCUCAUUUAUGAAUAUAUGGCAAAUGGAAACCUUGAUGAACUUCUUUCAGGAAAAAAUAGCAAGGGAAAGUUCUUGACUUGGGCAGACAGACUCGGGAUAGCAGUGGAUGCAGCCCAAGGACUGGAAUAUCUUCACAAUGGUUGCAAGCCACCUAUAAUCCAUAGAGAUGUGAAAAGUACAAACAUUUUAUUAAAUGAAAGCUUCCAAGCAAAAUUGGCUGAUUUCGGCCUAUCCAAAAACUUUCCCAGUGAUGGUGGCACCCAUUUGUCCACUGUUGUUGCAGGAACUCCAGGUUACCUAGAUUAUGAGUACAUGACAUCAAACAGAUUGACCGAGAAGAGUGAUGUCUACAGCUUUGGAGUUGUUCUAUUAGAGAUAAUCACAAGUCAACCAGCCAUAACUAAAUCACCUGACAAGACUCACAUAAGUCAAUGGGUUCGAUCCAUGUUUUAUAACGGCGAUAUAAAGAAUAUUGUUGACUCAAGAUUACAACAAGAUUUUGACACUAACUCUGCCUGGAAAGCUGUUGACAUAGGAAUGGCUUGUGUGUCCACUAAUUCUUCCGAUAGGCCAAACAUGAGUGAAGUAAUGAAUGGGCUAAAGGAGUGUUUGGCUGAAGAAUUAGCCCGAAAAAAGGUUGGUCGUUGUAAAUCUAAAAAGGAAGAUCCAAUUGAAUUGGUUCCCCUCAAUCUUGAUAUUGAACUCGGUCCCCAAGCUAGGUAGAACCUUCUUAAAUGAUGAGAUAUUUCUGUUAGUUUUUGUGUGUUCCAUUUUCUGUUUGAUCAGUAACUUAAUCUAUUGCAAUCUUUCAUGUUCAA